ACCGUCUCUGUCUAGAAGGAAAUAAAUUCUCUAUCUCUAGAUCACAGUUAUAAUUCCGUUCAAUAUUUACAGGACCUUUUCUUGUUCGAAAUUACAGUUGAUCCCUCUCUCUCUCUCUUUCUCUCUCUUUCUUGUUGGAUUGGCCGAAAGAGAGAUCUGUCUCUUGAAUUCGGUUGCCUGUUGAUACUCGUCGUCAGCAAUAGAUCCCUUUUUUUGGUCCUUCAAAGCAAAGAGAAGGAGAAGAAGGGAAAGCUAGAGGUGGAUCUGUGAAGAGAAUUGGGGAAAAGUGGAUCUACGGAGGUGAAUGGCCAUGACGGGCAUGAGGGGACUCUCCGUUUUCAUCAGCGACAUCCGCAAUUGCCAGAACAAAGAGCAGGAGCGACUCCGCGUCGAUAAGGAGCUUGGAAAUGUUCGUACCCGCUUCAAAAACGAGAAGGGAUUAACACCAUAUGAAAAGAAGAAAUAUGUUUGGAAAAUGCUGUACAUUUAUAUGCUAGGUUAUGAUGUAGAUUUUGGUCACAUGGAAGCUGUUUCUCUGAUAUCUGCACCAAAGUAUCCAGAAAAGCAGGUUGGCUACAUUGUCACAGCUUGUUUGCUCAAUGAAAACCAUGAUUUUCUAAGACUAGCAAUAAACACAGUCCGCAAUGACAUCAUUGGUCGAAAUGAAACUUUCCAGUGCCUGGCAUUGACUAUGGUUGGGAAUAUUGGUGGGAGAGAAUUUGCCGAAUCUCUGGCGCCUGAUGUUCAAAAACUACUUAUAUCAAGUAGUUGCAGACCACUUGUCCGAAAAAAGGCUGCACUAUGUCUGCUGCGACUGUAUAGGAAAAAUCCUGAUGUUGUCAAUGUAGAUGGCUGGGCGGACCGAAUGGCUCAGCUUUUGGAUGAGCGUGAUCUUGGUGUUUUGACAUCUUCUAUGAGCCUUCUUGUUGCUUUGGUAUCAAAUAACCACGAGGCAUAUUGGAGCUGUCUUCCAAAAUGUGUCAAAAUAUUGGAACGCCUUGCUAGAAACCAAGAUGUUCCACAAGAAUAUACUUACUAUGGUAUUCCAUCUCCGUGGCUUCAGGUUAAAACAAUGAGGGCGCUUCAGUAUUUCCCAACAAUUGAAGAUCCAAACACCAGAAGAUCGUUGUUUGAGGUAUUGCAGCGAAUAUUAAUGGGAACUGAUGUUGUGAAAAAUGUAAAUAAGAACAAUGCAUCACAUGCUGUUCUCUUUGAAGCUCUUGCUCUUGUCAUGCAUCUUGAUGCUGAAAAGGAGAUGAUGUCUCAGUGUGUUGCCCUUCUAGGAAAGUUUAUUGCAGUGAGGGAACCAAAUAUUAGAUAUCUUGGCUUGGAGAAUAUGACUCGAAUGUUGAUGGUAACAGAUGUUCAAGAUAUUAUUAAAAGACAUCAGGCUCAGAUCAUCACGUCACUGAAGGAUCCUGAUAUCAGCAUUAGAAGGCGUGCCCUUGACUUGCUUUAUGGUAUGUGUGAUGUUUCAAACGCUAAGGACAUAGUUGAAGAAAUAUUGCAGUAUCUUAGUACUGCCGACUUUGCAAUGCGGGAGGAACUCUCACUAAAAGCUGCAAUUCUUGCAGAGAAGUUUGCUCCUGAUCUUUCAUGGUAUGUAGAUGUUAUCCUUCAGUUGAUUGACAAGGCAGGAGAUUUUGUUAGUGAUGACAUAUGGUUUCGAGUAGUGCAGUUUGUCAUGAACAAUGAUGACCUACAGCCUUAUGCAGCAGCAAAAGCAAGAGAAUAUAUGGACAAGCCUGCCAUACAUGAGACAAUGGUCAAGGUCAGUGCUUACAUCCUUGGAGAGUAUAGCCACCUUCUAGCAAGACGGCCUGGCUGUAGUCCUAAGGAAAUCUUUAACAUCAUACAUGAAAAACUUCCUACUGUAUCGACAUCAACCAUUCCUAUUCUUCUUUCAACUUAUGCUAAGAUCUUAAUGCACUCUCAACCCCCAGAUCCAGAACUACAGAAUCUGAUCUGGGCAAUAUUUAACAAAUAUGAGAGUUGCAUUGAUGCAGAGAUUCAGCAAAGAGCUGUUGAAUAUUUUGCAUUGAGUAGAAAAGGUGCUGCUCUAAUGGAUAUAUUGGCUGAAAUGCCCAAAUUCCCUGAGCGUCAGUCUGCAUUGAUUAAAAAGGCAGAAGAUACUGAAGUUGAUACUGCAGACCAGAGUGCUAUCAGGUUGAGGGCCCAACAGCAAAGUUCAAAUGCUUUGGUUGUAACUGACCAACGCCCUGCAAAUGGAGCGCUACCAGUUAACCAGCUUAGUAUCGUAAAAGUGCCCAGCAUGAACAGUGGCACGGAUAAUAGUUCUGCUGACCAAGCUCAUUUACAGCCCAAUGGAACCUUGACCAAAGUAGAUCCUCAACCACCAGCAGAUCUCCUUGGUGAUCUGUUGGGCCCCUUGGCUAUUGAAGGCCCCCCUGAAGCUGCCCCCAAAUCCGAGCAAAAUGUGAUAUCUGGCUUGGAAGGUUCUCCCGUUGUUGUGGAUGGGACAGCCAUUGUACCUGUUGGAGAGCAAACUAGCAGUGUACAGCCAAUAGGAAAUAUUGCUGAGAGGUUUCAUGCUUUAUGCUUGAAGGAUAGCGGUGUUAUGUAUGAAGAUCCAUACAUUCAGGUUGGCAUAAAAGCGGAAGGGCGAGGCCACCAUGGUCGAAUAGGGAUUUUCUGGGGAAACAAGAAUACCUCUCCUCUAGUGUCAGUACAGGCUUUAAUGGUGCCUCCUGCCCAUUUAAAGAUGGAGCUCUCUUUGGUACCUGAAACAAUUCCCCCUCGGAGCAAGGUGCAAUGCCCGCUUGAAGUUGUGAAUCUCCGCCCUAGCAGGGAUGUAGCGGUUCUAGACUUCUCCUACAAGUUUGGUACCAAUAUGGUUAAUGUUAAGCUUCGCCUUCCAGCUGUUUUGAAUAAGUUUCUUCAGCCAAUAUCAGUUUCUGCUGAGGAGUUUUUUCCUCAGUGGAGAUCACUUUCAGGACCGCCUUUGAAGCUUCAAGAAGUGGUUAGAGGUGUAAGACCACUUCCUCUUCAAGAAAUGGCAAAUCUGUUUAACAGUCUUCGCGUGAUGGUUUGUCCCGGGCUUGACCCAAACCCUAAUAAUCUAGUUGCAAGCACAACCUUUUAUUCUGAGAGCACACGGGCCAUGCUGUGUUUGAUUAGAAUUGAGACUGAUCCUGCAGACAGAACCCAGCUGCGAAUGACUAUUGCCUCAGGGGAUCCUACACUGACAUUUGAGUUGAAGGACUUCAUUAAGGAGCAAUUGAUUACAAUCCCAAUGGCUACCCGUGUCCCAGCACCUGCACCAGCAGGACCUCCAGUAGUCCAACCGCCUAGCCCAGCAGCAGCGAAUGAUCCUGGGGCAAUGCUGGCAGGUUUGCUAUGACAAAUGGAAGUGAGAGAUGUGAAGGUUCAUUGUACACUUGUAGACCUGAUUUUUACAGCCGGCCCACCCAUUAGUACGUCAGGCUAAGAGGUAUAGGAAUUAAAGAUGCAAGGGCUGGCGGGAGCAAUAGAGAAGAAAAUUAUGAUCAGCAGUAUCUGAGUGGGUUUCCAGGGUUGGUCGGAAUUUUGAGAUUCUUUCUGCACAAUUGUAUUGUGCUUUGGUGAGGGUUUUUUUUUUUUUUUUUUUUCUUUCCCUUUCGUGUUUACUCUUUUAUCCAUUCUUGGGGUUACAGGUUUUCUCCAUAUAUUUUUUCCUUUUUCUUUUACCCAUAAAUAUGUUCCCCAUUUCACUGGAUUUGUAUUAUGAUAUUGCAUGAAGUUAGAAUCAGUUUGUAACAGCGUGUAUUUGAUUGGCCAGUCCCCUUUAGUAAACAUCAAUUAUAGGAGAGAUAGAACACUUAUGUUAUUUGAUUCUGUUCUUGUUUUAUUGUCAGAUAUAAUUCUGCCUUCCUGUUACUGUAAUCAACAAGAGAUCGUGGUAUUGUCUUCGGAGCAAAUACAUAUCCCGAAAAGACCCUUGACAGAA